GUUCUAUUUGACAGCAAGAACGUGUGCUUUUCGAAUGUUCUCGCAUUAGCAUAAACAAUUACACCAUGAUUAUUUCAAAUUGGAGGAAGUUCCAAAGUUCAAAAUGAGGAACGAGAGAGAGGGAGAGGAAGUGAGAAUGAUCAUGCAGUAGGCGUCACUGGUUUCAACACUGAAUGCAUUUAUUUUAAUUACGUGGGAAUCAGACACUUUUUGGUGGGGUCUGUUUGGACUUUGCUGCAUGUUUCGCGCCCACUGACUGAUUUAUAGCUCGAAGGGGAAAAGUUACGUACAGUUUCACAUUGACCAACUCAGACAGAGCGGAAGUGAAUUUGCGACAGUGGAGUUGAAGCUGCACGGGCUGUGUUAUAAAGCUGUACGGGCUGUGUUUUAAAGCUGCACGGGCUGUGUUAUAAAGCUCUAUAUUUAUUUGUGUUUGGCUCUAAGGUCGUCUUGUACUCCAGUAUGAGUGAGGAGAAACUUGAGGUGGAGCUGUUUGUGAAGGCAGGAAAUGAUGGUCAGAGUAUCGGGAACUGCCCUUUCUCUCAGCGGCUCUUCAUGGUGCUGUGGCUCAAAGGCGUCACGUUUAAUGUCACCACUGUGGACAUGAAGAGGAAGCCGGAUAUUCUGAAAGAUCUGGCUCCUGGUGCUCAACCUCCAUUCCUUCUGUACUGCACUGAGGUGAAGACCGACACCAACAAGAUCGAAGAGUUCCUGGAGGAAACGCUAUGCCCUCCCAAAUAUCCUCGGCUGGCGGCCCGUAACCCUGAAUCCAACACUGCAGGUCUGGAUGUGUUCUCAAAGUUCUCUGCUUACAUCAAGAAUUCAAACCCUCAGAUGAACGACAAUCUGGAGAAGGGUUUGUUGAAGGCCCUGAAGAAGUUGGAUGAUUAUUUGAGCUCCCCUUUACCUGAAGAGAUUGAUGAGAACAGCGCUGAUGAUGUCACUUCCUCCACGCGCCCCUUCCUGGACGGUCAGGAGCUCACGCUUGCCGACUGCAACCUGCUGCCAAAACUACACAUCGUCAAAGUGGUGUGUCAGAAGUUUCGUGGUUUCUCCAUCCCUCCCUCUCUGACGUCUCUAUGGCGAUAUCUGGAUGCGGCGUAUGCGAGAGAGGAAUUCUCCUCCACCUGCCCGAGUGAUGAGGAGAUACACAGCGCAUACUUCACUGUUGUGAAGGCACUCAAGUAGAAGGAGAACACACACACACACAAACUUGUGUGUUAUGUCAAACUCCGUUCAUUGCGGAUGGUCAUUGUGUUUCAAGUGUUUCCUUUUUCACAAACACCAGCAAGGUCCUGAAGUUUCAGUCUUAAGUGGGGUCAUAUUAUAUUUUUUUUUAAUGUUUUUAGGAUAAUUAUAUGAAGUCCACAGACAUUUAUUAUGACCAAAUACAAUCAAAAUUUAGGUUUUCAUUACCAUGUUCCAGCCUUGGCAACAGCGCUUGGCUGCGUUCACACAUGAGCUUUGGGUUUGAUGUUGGGUCCAGUAAAGUGCAACAAAAAACAUAAAUUUUUUCCAUAGGUGAAUUAAUCUUUAGCAAUAAUUUAUAAACCUUGAAAGAGCUGAGCUCCGAGGUUGUUAAUUGAUGGUAUUGAAGCCAUCAAUCCACAAUAUAUCAACAAAACAUGUUUAAUAACAGAAUUCCUGGUGAAGAACUACACUACCCAUAAUCCUGUAGAGAAAAGAUCCACCAAUCAGAGAAUCGCAGACAGCAAAGCAUGCCAAAAUUACUCUGCAGCAACAGUCGACUCCCAUGAUGCACUGUGAAUGAAGCAAUCGAGCCCUGACACUUGAGAACUACUUUUAUAUUUGAAAAUAGUGGUCGUUUUUGCUAUGAAAUUUAAAUGGAAUGUUUCUAUACUUUCUAUAUGUUUCUAAAGCAAUAAUUGUAUAUUUUUUUUAUUUGAUUAUAUCAUUUGCAAUGCUUCAUGGGAUUGUAGUUCAUUCGCUCAUGAAAGACGUUAAGUAGACAGUCUUGUACCUUUUGUCUUUUGGUCAGAGUUUUACAAGAAAUUUUUUUUUUUUGCUUCAAAUGGAAGUUUGUAAUGUGGUGAUUCACCAUGGAGCUGGUUGCUUACAACUCGUUUAUGGAGAUUUGUAUGAAAUCCCUGUGUAAAAAAUACUGUCUGGCAAAAAAAGUGUAAUUUUAGAAUUGUAACUCCCCCAUUCUUCAAAAACUGUUCAGAUCAGACUGAAUGAUCAGGUAUCUUAUUAUCUUGCUAUUUAUUCAGCUUAAUUCAGUAAAUGCUUUUAUUCACUGGGAAGGAAGUUUUGAUACAAUUUGUUUUCAUUGUGAUAUGCUCUUUUUUAUGUUAAAUGAUUGAGGAGAAUUUGAUUCCGCUUGAGAUGAUCUCUUUAAAUUUGGUCUCAUCGUUUCCUGUUUUUGUUUCUUUGUUGUCAUGCAUAGGUCACGAGCUGUCCACAUAAAACAAACUGCAUUAGCUUUAAUAUUUCAAAAGAAAAAAGAAUUGUGCUUUCAUAGCAGUUACAAACAGGAUGUUAUUGCCUCAUUGCUGUCUCCUCCCUCUCUUUGGCCACGUCCGCACUGCAGCUAAAUACGCUUGUCACUCCUCUUCUGAGGGCUUUAUGUUCUGUACACACAAUUCAUGCAGUAACAGUGUAUUUACAUACAGAACCCAACUGAACAACUUGUUAUUAAUGAUGUCAUUAAAAGUGUAUUUGAGAUCACGGAGACAGAGGUACUCAUUGGUCUGUCAUAUUUUCUCUCAUCAGCCCUGUGAUGAGCGUUAAUCCAAACAUCAUGACCCAGAGACCGUGCGCUGUUUGACUGCAAUAGGUAAAACAAACCACAAUGCCUCUGACGAGGUAUACUAAACAUUUUCAGACAAUAAUAUAUCUCUGGUCGCUAGUAUGACUUGUAGUAGUCUGCAUGCUUAUGACAAAAUAAAAAUUAUAAUUGUAGAUUAUUUCCCUUGAUAUUGUAAUCAUAAUUAUAUUCAUUUCAAUUAUUCAGCUAUCUUCACUAUGCAUGAUUCUAUGGUUAGUUGCAUAGUAUGUAGCAUUUUUUUAUUCCCUGCUGUUUAUGACCCCAGUCAGAAUAGACACUGACCCAACAUUUGAAAUACAGGGCUCAUGUGAUUCAAUUCAGUCAUAACUUUGCCGUUUGUAUGUGGUCUUUGUGUCCUCUUGUUUCUGUGGUUGAAAUGCAAAGUUUUUAAUGGCACACACGCACAUACAAAUAGGCACAUCCAUUUUACACACUGUUCCCAAGCAGCUCUUUUCCGUUUUAAUGAAAGUGUUUGGUGACUGUCCAGCUCCAGAAAACACCAUCAAAGUAUCACACAAGUAGUCUACAUGACCAAGUCUUCCGAUGUCCUGCUUUAUGUCAUUAUUCAUUGAAAUUCUGUUGAAUCGGGUACUGCUAACAUCAGUCUUGGUGCAGUUGAAAUAUUACAGUGCACAUGCAAAUUACAAGAAUAUGACUGAAUAUGACUGUCAACAUCCAUUCUGAAACGUCUGUUGUCUAAUAUUUGAGAUGAUGAUGUUUUAAAUAUGCAAAUGUUUUGGUAGUAAAUGUCCACUCUGGUUACAGGCAGAAAAUUGUGCUCAUCGGUUUGUUCAUAUUUAUAUUCUUAACAUAAGAAAACCUAGUUUCAGAGAGACUUUGUAAACUUUGAGAAAUCAAAUGGAACAGGUAUUAUGUUAAGUCAAAUAACUUCUGUUUGUCUUUAUGAAACAAGUCUAUGUUACAGUCUUACAAGACAUGAUCAUAAGGGAACAUCACUAAUAGAUUCAAGUGCUGUUUAUGCUGUAGUCUGAUGUUGUGGAGCACUCUCUCCAGAUCAAUGAUUGUUCAAAUGUUUCUUAGUUGUGUAUGUUCUUUUACUUUUUACACACUGUACAUGGCAUUGGUGUGCUUUUAACAGAACUGCUAGCAAAUUAAACUAUCUAAAGAGUAUAUCCAAGUUAAAAUGAUGAAUAGAAUAAAGUAUAGUACAGGAGAAGUGCAAUGGGUGAAACAAGCACAAGAUUACCAAAUAAAUAAACCACUGAGGUCAUAUACUGCACGUCCAGGCACUUCUGCUUUCAUUUCGAACUCAUUACUGCACAACACAACGUCAGUGCAAAUGUGGAUUAAUGAACACUUUAUUGAUUAUGACAAUCAAAUAUGAGAAAGAUCUCAUUCUUUCAUUGUUUGUGAAUUUUCUCCAAUUGUUAACCAGCAAUUAAACAAGCUAUAAUAAAGACAAUUAAAUGAGUAGAUUUCUUCUUU